UGGCAGUUUAUUUCUGACGGGAGCUAACUACACCGAGGCCGAGCGGUACGUGGUCGUACGUCGAGAGGUGAGGUCAAGCAGCCUUGAGUGUAGAGGGCGCUAUCGACGCGCAUUAUACGAAGCAAGCAACAACCCGGAAAUCACCCUUCGUGAUCGCAGUUUUCUCAGAAGGAAAUCUGAAGGCCAGAAAAACUCGAUCAUGAAACUCCAUAUUCCCAUGCAGAAUAUGAGGAAGGAACGAUGCCAUUGAAAAGGAAAGGAACCCUCUAAAGUUUGAAGCUGUGCCGGUCAGGCAGCUACAAUGAGUGCCAUCAACAGAACCUCCAAGCAAGAGGUCCAUCUGGAGGUCAAACCAUACUGUCAUGACAUUUGUGACAAGGUCGUCCAGAAUAAAGAGCAGCAUCAUGAGAGGUGUGAGGAAAAGAAAUUUGGUUGUGACAUUAGUGGUAGCAUCUUCUCCCACAGUGGAACCCUGGAGUAUCAGAAGGUCAACACCGAUGAGAGACCAUCUGUUUGUGGCAAAGGCUUCACAGACAAUAGUAGCCUGAUGCAACAUCAAAGGGUCCACACUAAGAAGAAACCAUUUGUUUGUGACUUUUGCGGCAAAGGCUUCUCACAGAGUUGUAAUUUACACGCUCACAAAAGGGUCCACACGAACGAGAAACCAUUUGUUUGUGACAUUUGCGGCAAAAGAUUCUCACAGAGUGCUACUCUGCAAAGACAUCGGAGGGUCCACACUAAGGAGAAACCAUUUGUUUGUGACAUUUGCGGCAAAGACUUCUCACGGAGUUCUUAUUUACGCGAUCACAAAAGGGUCCACACGAACGAGAAACCAUUUGUUUGUGACAUUUGCAGCAAAGGUUUCUCACAGAAUUGUAAUUUACACGCUCACAAAAGGGUCCACACGAACGAGAAACCAUUUGUUUGUGACAUUUGCAGCAAAGGUUUCUCACAGAAUUCUAAUUUACACUCUCACAAAAGGGUCCACACUAAGGAGAAACCAUUUGUUUGUGACAUUUGCGGCAAAAGCUUCGCACGGAAUUCUAAUUUACACUCGCACAAAAGGGUCCACACGAACGAAAAACCAUUUGUUUGUUACAUUUGCGACAGACGAUUCUCACACAGUUCUACUUUAGACAAUCACAAAAGGGUCCACACUAACGAGAAACCAUUUGUUUGUGACGUUUGUGGCAAAGGGUUCUCACAGAGUUUUUCUCUUCUAGGACAUCGGAGGGUCCACACAAACGAAAAACCAUUUGUUUGUGACAUUUGCGGCAAAGGCUUCUCACGGAGUUCUUAUUUACGCGAUCACAAAAGGGUCCACACGAACGAGAAACCAUUUGUUUGUGACAUUUGCAGCAAAGGUUUCUCACAGAAUUCUAAUUUACACGCUCACAAAAGGGUCCACACUAAGGAGAAACCAUUUGUUUGUGACAUUUGCAGCAAAAGCUUCGCACGGAGUUCUAAUUUACACUCGCACAAAAGGGUCCACACGAACGAGAAAUCAUUUGUUUGUGACAUUUGCGACAGACGAUUCUCACACAGUUCUGCUUUACACCGUCACAUAAGGGUCCACACUAACGAGAAACCAUUUGUUUGUGACGUUUGUGGCAAAGGGUUCUCACGGAGUUGUUCUCUUCUAGGACAUCAGAGGGUCCACACAAACGAGAAACCAUUUGUUUGUGACAUUUGCGGCAAAGGCUUCUCACGGAGUUCUUAUUUACACGAUCACAAAAGGGUCCACACGAACGAGAAACCAUUUGUUUGUGACAUUUGCGGCAGAAGAUCCUCGCACAGUUCUACUUUACUCUCUCACAAAAGGGUCCACACGAACGAGAAACCAUUUCUUUGUGACAUUUGCGGUAGAAGAUUCCCACAGAGUUCUUCUCUAUCAGAUGGUCCACACUGAGGAGAAACCAUUUGUUUGUGACAUUUGUGGCAAAGGCUUCACAGACAAAGGAAACCUGAUACCACAUCAGAGGGUCCACACUAACGAGAAACCAUUUGUUUGUGACAUUUGUGGCAAAGGCUUCUCUUAUAAUUCUAAUUUACACGAUCACAAAAGGGUCCUGAAACGAAAGAGAAACCAUUUGCAGCAGAAGAUACUCACAGAGUUCUAUUCUACAUCGACAUCAGAGGGUCCACACUAAGGAGAAACCAUUUGUGGCAAAGGCUUCAGAGACAACAGUAACCUGAUACUACAUCAGAGGGUCCACACUAAUACAUGUAAGAAGCCUUUUGUAUGGACAUUUGAGGCGGAAGCUUCUCUCGUAUAGUAGUUGCCUACAAAGACACAAGAGGGUCCAUUCUAACGAGAAACCCUUUUGUUUGUGACAUGUGUGGCAAAGGGUUUUCACAGAAAUCGUCUCUAAAAAGACACAUGAAGGUCCACACUCGUGAGAAAAAAAUUGUGACAAUUGCGGCGGGGGGGGGGGGGGACUUAUUACUGAAUAGUUUUCUACACAGAUAUCACUUGGUUUUCACGUACAUGUAGUUCUCACCUCAAGAGACACAAGAGGGUCCAAUGAGAAAUUACACGUUUGUGAGACUUGUGGGAGAGGCUUCUGUCAAAGUGGUAACCUGAAAAUCAUAGGAGCAUCCACUAACUCCUAAUUAAUGAUGAACCGUUUAUGUGCGACAUUUGAGGCUGAAGCCUCUCAAUCAUAAGAAACCUUUGUCAACAUCCAGGGGCCAACUUCACAGAGCUGCUUCGGCACAUUUUGUGCUUAAGCAGCUCUGUGAUAUUGGCCCCGGGGUUUCUCACUUGAUGAGAAAACCACCAGAUUGGGAUGUUUGAGGCAGUAGCUUCUCUACAAACACGUGAGUGCUCACACUUACAAAGACACACCCAAUUUUUGUGUCAUUUUUGUGGCAGAAUUCCUUGAUAAGAGCACAUUUUUUUGUCAACAUCAGAGGGUCCACACCAAGCACUUUGCUUGUUUCGAGUAAUUUGGAAUGUGUGCGCAUUUAUCUCUUUGAUAAUGGGCUGUGAUGAAGUUAAGUCAUUAAAAACAACCCAAUAUACAGUGUAUAAGUGAAAUGUAACAGGUUUUUUAAAAAAGAUUUUGUUUAACAUUUGUGUGUCUCACUGAUGUGCACAGCUUGGUUCUUUGAGGACGUAUACUCCAUUUUUGCAGAGUAUCAAUCAUAUCACUGGUAUUUGAAGUUCAUAAUUUGAGUCAAACCCAUAGUAAUCAGGAUUUGAGCACACAUGUGUAUGGUUUGAGUUCAUAAAUACAAAUAAGUUUGACGCAUUUAGAACUAUCUACAUGUAUAAUGAUUUACUGAGUAAGGGUGUUUUGUUUGUAUGCCAAUCGAACAACUAGACACACAUUUGUAAUUAUUGUAGAUUGGUACUUUUUCUUGAGUAUCCUCUCAUUCUUCAAGCUUAAAAUGCCUGUUCCUUAUAUUUUUGUAAGUAGUAUCACUUAAUUGUUGGAAUGACAGUUGUUAUCUUUGAAUAAAGAUUCAAGAGAGCAACGCACGUAGACACAAGUUUGAAA